GUGGGUUGACCCAGAGUUGGCCUGAAGGUAGUCAUAAAGGGACAAAGUAAAUCAACUCCAUGGUUUUCAUAGAGAUCUCUUGAUACCAAAACUUCUUUCUUUACACGCUUCCUGUGGAGAUGAAAAUUGACAUCCAUAGUCAUAUUCUACCAAAAGAAUGGCCAGAUCUGAAAAAGAGAUUCGGCUACGGAGGCUGGGUACAGCUCCAACACCACAGCAAGGGAGAGGCAAAGAUGCUGAAAGAUGGGAAGGUCUUCAGAGUGGUCCAAGAGAACUGCUGGGAUCCAGAAGUCCGUAUUAGAGAAAUGGACCAAACAGGAGUGACCAUGCAAGCCCUCUCCACGGUUCCUGUCAUGUUUAGCUACUGGGCCAAACCUCAGGACACUUUAGACCUGUGCCAGCUUUUAAACGACGACCUAGCUGCCACCGUGGCGAGCCACCCCCGGAGGUUCGUGGGUCUGGGGACGUUGCCCAUGCAGUCCCCGGAGCUGGCUGUCAAGGAGAUGGAGCGCUGUGUGAACCAGCUGGGCUUCUCGGGGGUCCAGAUCGGCUCCCACAUCAACGAAUGGGACCUGAAUGCGCAGGAACUCUUCCCUGUCUAUGCAGCGGCUGAAAAGCUGAAUUGUUCGCUGUUCGUGCACCCCUGGGACAUGCAGAUGGAUGGGCGGAUGGCCAAAUACUGGCUCCCUUGGCUCGUAGGAAUGCCAGCAGAGACCACUACAGCCAUUUGCUCCAUGAUUAUGGGUGGAGUGUUUGAGAAGUUUCCUAAACUGAAAGUAUGUUUUGCACAUGGAGGUGGAGCCUUCCCCUUCACAGUAGGAAGAAUCUCCCAUGGAUUCAGCGUGCGUCCAGAUCUGUGUGCCCAAGACAACCCAGUCAACCCAAAGAAAUACCUUGGCUCCUUUUACACGGACUCUUUGGUUCAUGAUCCUCUGGCCCUCAAGCUGUUAACAGAUAUCAUAGGAAAGGAUAAAGUCAUUCUGGGAACCGAUUACCCCUUUCCACUAGGUGAGCUGGAACCGGGAAAACUGAUAGAAUCCAUGGAAGAAUUUGAUACAGAAACAAAGGAUAAACUCAAAGCUGGCAACGCCCUAACAUUUUUGGGUCUUGAGAGAAAACAAUUUGAAUGACUGAAUCACAAGAGGCAACCUUUCAAGAAGAUAUUUUAUUUUUGUUUUUAAAUAUGUAUCACACAUACAUUACCAAAAUCCGAUUUUGAACCAUUUUAUCCAGAAAUAGAAUAUGUCUGAGUAUCCUAAAUUAUUCAUAACAAAAAUGACUCACGUGUUUUCACUCUGAAAAGCAAUCCAUUAUAAUGUGUAAAUCAAAAAUGAUUUUCCCAGCACUUUUAAAAUUCAUGGCAGAAGUAGAAAGCAAAAUGUCAUUAAUGCUUUAUAUGGAGAAAGACUCAUCCUAGAGGGCUCAAGGACGUUCUCCACUUUGGGCAAGUAUAUGUGACAAGGGCCUCAAUGACCUGUUUUUAUUACUUCAAAUACUUUUCAUGAGCCCAGAGCUGGGUUGGAAAUAAAUAAAUGAUGGACAUAUUCUAUCACCUCCAUGAGUUUAUAGUCCAAAUAAGGAGGCAAAACAUAUGCACACGUAACAAUGACAAAGCAAUACAACAUGAGUAUCACAGAAGUUUCAGAAAGAAAAAUUCAUCUGAACAAAAAACUGUUGGGAAGAUCGUUACAGAAGCUGGAACUUGGGCUGAGUCUGGAAGAAUAGAUAAGGCUUAUUUAGAGUUGGAGAUGGUAAACAUAUAGGAAGGCAAAACUAUGGUAACACAAGUUUCAGACUGAAUGAGAACUUACCUAUUCUGGAGAAAAGUUCCAGUCUGUAAGUUACUUCUACCAGAAGCUCUUUUAAAGUACUGAGCAAAAUGUGUAAAGCUAACUGUGGAGAUUGAGCAGGGCGCCAAAGCAGCCUGUUCUACUCUCUUCACUAAUGGUCCCAUCUGGACUGCUGAAAAUGAACUUGGUCCUGGGAGGGGUGAUGACCAUCUGUGAUUCGGGUACCUCUGGCUGAAUUCCAAAAUCAAAUAUCAUUUUUCAAAAGUA